CAAGCGGCGUGUCUUCAAGUGUCGUGCAUGCAUUUUAUGCAAUCUGUUUCCUUUGCAUGCACUCUCUCUCCUCUCUCUCUCUCUCUCUCUCCCACAAAUCCACGUUUUCUUGGGUAAAGGACUCCUAAUUACCACCGCCGUAAGCGUAACGCUCUGCGGGAAGCGCCGCCAUAUCCGCCGAGUUGACCACUCCGUUGUUCUUCAGUUCGACUUUCGUAGAGCAGUAUUUUACUGCUACUGGUUGGGAAAAUAGAGUGUUACGAGGGUGAAAGAUAAAUGAGUUGGUUUUUGUUUUCGUUAGAUAUCUGAAUGGGAGGAGCACUUAAAAAUUUGGGUUCUUGGAGGAUUUGGACGAGGUUGGUGUCUUUCUAAUUCUGUAGUUUGUACUGUUUCUUUGAUCACUGUCGAAUCUCAGAAAGUUUGCGCGGAUGUACGUGCGUGCGAGGGAGAGUGUACAUGUGUGUGUGCUCUGGCUAAUGAUGAUUUGUUUGAUUAAACUUUUGGUCCUGGCCAGAAGGGGUUUUAGGGUUCUGAUUUAGAUUUCUGUAUUGCUCUGUUCGAAGACUUUGAUUUUGGCUUAAUGGAGUCCAAGAUUUGCAUGAAUGCUUCGUGCGGAGCUACCUCCACGCACGAAUGGAAGAGAGGCUGGCCUUUAGGAUCCGGUGGAUUCGCCGAUCUAUGUCACAACUGCGGAUCUGCCUAUGAGGAUCUGGUUUUCUGUGAUAUGUUCCACUUAGAGGAAACUGGUUGGAGGGAAUGCAGUUUAUGCAACAAGAUCUGGAGGGGUGACCUUUCUAAUGGAUUUGGUUUAUUAGCGGUAAAUAAUGCUGGCGAUUCACUCUCCAGUCCUUUUGAGAAAAGAUUGGUCAGUGACGAUGAGGGAAGACUUAUGCAGUUGUGCAAAAUCAUGGAAGCUGAUGAACCAAACCUCUUGCCUCAAUCUGAGAGAGGUGAAGUAAAUGCAUCUCAAGUUGACCUAGGCUUUUCGAAUGUGACUCAGCCAUCCAUUGGAUCAGACCCAUUUACCAAACCAGACAAUAGUAGACAAAUAUUGGAGGGCAAAGAUAUGCAUGAGUCACUAGCUAAGCCAUCUUUGAAUAUGACCUUGGGAACUCCAAAUUUUGUGCUUCCCUUUUCUGGUGGAGUUGUAGAUGGAAGGGAACAGAGCAAAACACCUUCUCCCAUCCAAAAAGGGCAAAGAUCUCGCCCAAUACUGCCCAAACCCACAAAAACUAGCCUCACUGUAAGUUCAGAGACAAAUAAAAGCGUGGCACAGAUGCGAAUCGCUAGGCCUCCUGCUGAAGGACGGGGAAAAAACCAGUUACUUCCCCGUUACUGGCCAAGAAUUACUGACCAAGAGCUGGAGCAAUUAUCCGGAGAUUUGAAUUCCACUAUUGUGCCAUUGUUCGAGAAAGUGCUCAGUGCCAGUGAUGCUGGUCGGAUUGGUCGUUUGGUUCUCCCAAAAGCAUGUGCUGAAGCGUAUUUUCCUCCUAUUUCUCAAUCAGAAGGCCUGCCUUUAAGGAUUCAAGAUGUGAAGGGGAAUGAGUGGACAUUUCAGUUCAGAUUCUGGCCCAAUAACAACAGCAGGAUGUAUGUUUUAGAGGGUGUUACCCCUUGCAUACAGUCUAUGCAAUUACGAGCGGGUGACACGGUAACAUUUAGUCGGAUUGAUCCUGGAGGCAAACUUGUCAUGGGGUUUCGAAAGGCAUCCAACACUGCAGAUUCACAGGAUGCCCAGAUGUCUGCCCUUCCUAAUGGCACGCCUUCUAGGGAAACUUCCUUUGCUGGUGUUAUUGAGAGUCUGCCUUCAGGAAGUGGCUACUCUGGGCUUUUUCAAACAAUGAAAGGAAGCAAGGAACCUCACUUAAAUGCUCUCUGUGAAAAUUUGCAUUUAGGGGAGGGAGAUAUCGGGUUGAAUAAAUGUGAUAACCAUGGAGACAGGAUAAAUGAAGAUUCACCACAGCAACCAAUGCACAUUCGAGAGAAGAAGAGGACUCGAAAUAUUGGCUUUAAAAGUAAAAGGCUGUUAAUGCAUAGUGAAGAGGCUCUGGAGCUAAGACUUACAUGGGAAGAAGCACAAGACUUGCUUCGUCCACCGUCAUGUGUGAAGCCAAGCAUUGUUACAAUUGAGGACCAUGAGUUUGAAGAAUAUGAUGAACCACCGGUUUUUGGAAAGAGGACUAUAUUCACCGCCCUUCCUUCUAGGGGACCAGUGCAAUGGGCUCAGUGUGACAAUUGCUCCAAAUGGCGAAGGUUGCCAGUGGAUGUUCUUCUCCCUCCAAAGUGGACGUGUUCAGAAAAUGUUUGGGAUUCAAACAGGUGCUUCUGCUCUGUUCCAGAGGAGAUCAGUCUGAAGCAAUUAGCUAAUCUUCUGAGAGUAAGGAAAGAUUUCAAGAAGCGAAGAAGUGCAGAAAGCCAUAUGUCAGUCCAAGAACGUGAGCCAGCUUCUGGCUUGGAUGCCUUGGCCUGUGCUGCAGUUCUGGGAGAUAAUGUGGGUGAUUCGGGUGAACCCUCAGUUGGAGCCACCACCAAACAUCCUCGACAUCGCCCUGGCUGCACUUGUAUUGUGUGCAUCCAGCCCCCAAGUGGGAAGGGGAAGCACAAGCCCACAUGUACUUGCAAUGUGUGCAUGACCGUAAAGCGCAGGUUUAAAACCCUAAUGCUGCGCAAGAAGAAACGCCAAUCAGAACUCGAAGCAGAGACUGGCCAGAAGGAUGAAAACCACCUUAGAGAUGAAUCAAAAACGAAUGGUCCAUCAAGAGAUGGACUGCUGCCUACGAAUUUUCCCGGUAAUGAAGAAAGCCACAGCAGAAAUCAAUUAGCUGAGUUGGCUGAGAUCGGCAAUGGACAAAUAGACCUGAAUUGUCAUCCCAAACGUGAAGACAUGCAACUGGAUCUGGAGGUACCAGGAAUGAGCCUGCAGAGCCUUGUUCAAGCGGCUAGCCUUCCAUUGGAAGAUUUUAUGAAGCAAAGAAGGAUUCCAACCUUGACAUGUGAGCAACAGGGUAGUCUCGAUUCCUGCAUACACCCGCAAUUAGUUACUGGAGAGAGUGAGAGACCCGGCCUCUCUGAUGAAGGGCGCCCCUGCAGCUAAGGUUUUGGGAGCUUGAGAGUUGAGAGUAUUAAAGGUGGUGGGAGUGUUUUCAUGAGUUCUAGUCAGAGCACUGAAACCGUUCUUCCAUGAAGAUCAUAGUUUCUUUAAUUUUUUUUCUUUGGUCUUUUCUUUUUUCUCGAGGGUUAAAGAGACUGAAAUCGGCCAUCUGCAGCCAUGAGGAAGAGUUUUUUUUUUUUUUUUUUGUUCUCUCUCUCACUUUCUCACUAAAAAGUAUAGGUUUAAUUUUCCCCUUC